CAACUUGAACUACAAUGGUCACUGUUAUGAGUACGUAGUGACUCCAGUGAGAACUUAUGAUGAUGCCUCCGAAUACUGUCAUGCAUCUAAUGGCUAUUUGGUUUCCAUUAAUGACGAAGCAGAGAGUAAUUUUGUUAACACCAUUAUCAGUGGUACUAGUUUCAUUUUGAUAGGAUUGAAGCAGAAGAACCCAAAUGAAAACAUUUAUGAAACUUGGGAUGAUGGAAGCCCUAUUGAAUUUACAAGAUGGGGAGGCGGCCAGCCAGACCAUCCUUCAACCGAAUGCAUAGUUCUUUAUGAACCUGAAGACAGAAAAUGGCACGAUACCUUCUGUGAUGCUGCACAGUUUAUAUGUGAGUCACGCCCAGGAUCCAUGCUGGAUGGCCCCUACUAUCUCAAUCCAAACAGUGAUAACUCAAGCUAUAUUGGGGUACAGAACACUAAUCAACUCUGGCUUUCUAGCCAGAUGGCUACCUGGCAAGCCUUAUAUAUUCAAAUACCUGGAAUCACACAGCAAAACAACUCGGCCGUCUCACUUAUUUCUGAUGACAGAACAGGGAACAUGGUCCAUGUAACUGGUCUGACUGUGUCACUGCAGAACUUGGCGGAUCAUACUUCUAAUGCAAAUUUCAAGCAGGAAACAACAUUCUUAUU